AUGGACGCCGAAGCAGAACUCAAUGAGCAGUUCGCGAGCUCAUUCCCUGAUGGGAUCCCCAAGGACAUCAUGGCUGAGCUCCUCUCCAUGUUGCGAGUGCACUCGAUCACCGCAGAGGAGCUAUUCUACAAAUGGGAAUCCUAUAGUAUGAAGAUGGGCGAGGGUGUGACCCUGACCAUGAUGACCGUGCGAGGCUUCAAGCAAGAUGUUCAAGAUGCAUUGGAACGAGAAAGUCGCAGCCACGCUGGCCGGCAUACAGAGAAACGAAGCGCAAACACAGCAACCCCGCGCGCCGCUGCCGCAGCAGGCGGCGAUAUGUUUGGGAUGUUGGAUCAAUUGACUCCGACUGCCUCAAAUGUGAGAUCUGCUGGUGGUCUCGGAUCGGUCAAGCGCAAGUCCGAAUUCUCCUCGCCCGCUACGCCUAGAGUCAAGACCGAAAAACCUUCACAUAUGGGUACAAAAACGCCCGGGACCCCUGGUGACGGAAUACCGUCAGUUUCAUUUUCAGAGAGAUCCAACCCCGGCCAGACCGUCGAGACACUCAAUUCACACCUAUCCUUGCCAGAAACACCAAUGGCACCAUUCUCCGAGGCGCGCAUUCGGCCAACAGCGAACACAGAUCUGAAGAAGUUUGGUUACAAGCCAAUGGGCAUGAAGCUAUCAGAAGCAUCGGAGAUUCUGGACGACCGCAUCGACGAGUUCACGGCGAUAUUCCAGGCACAAUUCAACUCAGACGACAUCACAUUUGGAAGUGCAGCUACACAGAGCACAAGCGAAAUCGUUGCUGUCGGACGAAUCGCCUCGGACAGUUUAGAAGGAAAGCUGAACCCGGCUUCCCUUGUCCUCGAGACAUCACGCCGGACUGGAGCUGGCAGACGUGUACCUCUGAAGGUGGACUCGGUACCCUCGGCCAACUUCUUCCCAGGUCAAAUUGUGGCUCUCCGUGGCAUCAAUCCUUCUGGUGAAUAUUUUACCGUGAAAGAAAUUCUCCCAAUUCCUCUUCUGCCUCCCGCCGCAUCUUCAGCUGUAGCUCUGGACAAUAUCAACGAUCGAAUUGAAGCCGACUCCAGUCUACCACUGAACGUGAUGCUGGCUGCUGGUCCCUACACCUCAGAUGACAACCUGGACUACGAACCAUUGCAGGAAAUUUGCCAAAAGGCAGCUGAUUGCUUCGCCGAUAGUCUCGUUCUCAUGGGUCCGUUCUUAGAUAUCGAGCACCCAUUGCUCUCAUCAGGUGAUUUCGACCUGCCAGACAUCAAGGGUAUCGACCCGGACACAGCUACCCUGUCUAUUAUGUUCCGCCAUUGCAUCUCAACACACCUGGCACGACUCGCAGCAGCAGUUCCCAGCAUUACCAUCGUGAUGGUUCCUUCUGUACGCGAUGUACUCAGCCGACAUGUUUCCUGGCCACAGGAGCAACUUCCUAAGAAGGAGCUGGGUCUGCCCAAGCAGGUACGCAUGGUGUCGAAUCCCGUCACAUUGUCUUUCAAUGAGUCUGUGAUUGGCAUGUGUUCACAUGACGUACUCUCCGAGCUCCGCCGCGAGGAAGUCAUUCAUGGCCGGCCGACGGAGGGCAACCUGCUCACCCGUCUACCCAAAUAUCUCGUGGAGCAGCGCCACUUCUUCCCCUUAUUCCCUUCAACUGGACGGGCAAGCCUUCCCCAGCCUGGAACCGAGAGUGGUAUGGCCACAGGUGCUAUGCUGGAUUUGCCCUAUAUGAAAUUGGGCGAAUGGUGGAACGUACGGCCAGAUAUCUUAAUUGUGCCGAGCAUGCUGCCUCCUUUUGUCAAGGUCGUGGACAGCGUUCUAGUCAUCAACCCCGGCACCCUAUCAAAACGUCGUGCAGCAGGCUCCUACGCUCAAAUGACUAUUCACCCACGCCUGGUAGCAGAAGACGAGCGCGAACAAAAGCAGCUGAGUCACAAGCUAUAUGAGCGCGCUAGGGUCGACAUCAACCGAAUCUAA